AUGAAGUCAUCCAAACUCAAAAUUCUUGAUAUAUCGGCCAAAAGGAGGUACAACAGCACCAAGCCGACUGAUAUUACAAAACUAGUAAGAGCCUUGAGACACAUAGAUACCGUGGAGGAAUUCAACGUUAGUCGAAGAAUGUUGAGUGGCUAUGAGUCUGUCAUUGAAUGUGCAAAACUACUGAAGCGAAGUAAAUGUUUGAAGAAACUUGAUUUAUUUGCAUCUCAAUAUAGUAACAAUUGCCGAAUCCACCCUGAUGCGUGGACGUAUAUGGGCAAAGCUUUGCCAAGGACAGAUUCGCUACAGAAUCUCGACAUAUCGUUUCAUCGAUUAAGUGAAGCGUCAUGGAAGGCUUUGGGUGAAGGUCUAAAGGUUAACACUAGCUUGUUGACACUGAAAGCAUGGAAGCGUUGUGAUCUACGAUACGACAAGGAGACCAACAUUCUUUUGCCAGUAUUUGACGCGCUGCACGAGAACAGAACAUUGGAAUCACUUAGUCUGAACGGAUACGAUUUGAGCGAUUCUAUAACAGCCCUGGAGGUACUUGAGUCGGCCUUGAUACAAAACACAUCAUUGAAGUCCCUGCAGAUUGAGGAAUCGGCAAUGACUGAUGAGGGUGUUGCGAUCUUGAGCCGCAGUCUUCCGCAGAUGAAGAGUAUCGAAGAGUUGGAUUUGGAACAUCAUGGGUGUUCCUUGAAUGGUGCUCAAGCAUUUGCCAAAGGCAUCAAGAACAACUACAAUCUACUGUCCGUUGGACUUGGUACGAGAUGUCGACUGCAUCGAUCAAUGUAUGGAACUCCAAUCGAAGCAGAAGGCUUUGCGAAAGAAUGGCACGAGGUUCAGUAUUAUGCUCGAAUGAAUCGGAGAGGGCGGCGUUGUAUUGGGAGCAAGUCUCCCAUCCAACCUCCAUUAUGGCCAUUGGUUCUUGCCAACGCCAUGAAGAAGGAGGAGCAGGACCCAAGCGAAAUCCUUCCUACCGGUAGCAUGGCGGUAUCUCGUUUGGCAAAGAAAGUGCUCAGAAUCCGACCAGCACGCAAGAAUCGUCGUGCAGCAUCAUCAUCAGGCCAAGAAGUAGAAGAACGACCAAGAAUAACACCCAAUACGAAGAAGAAGGAUCCGGCAAUUGUCGUUGCCGAGCAAGUGAAAGACUACUUGACCGCGCUCUAUCGUUCCGAGGGCGACGUGGAGUUCCAAUUUCCGGGCAACAUCAUGUAUGGGAUUGUCCUGCAAUGCAACGAAACGAUGGAUGGCCACUGCUUAUUGUCGUCACACUUUUCCGUGCAGUCAAAGUUUGGCAAUGCUUGCUCUGGUUCGAUCGAAAUUCAUGCCAAAGAAGUGGGAGACAUUCUAAGAGUAUUAAAUUGGCUGAAGAUAUCGUCCUUCGAGCUUGAUUUUGUCGAGCAUGCCGUUUGCAAAGAACAACAAGUCAUUGCAAAGGAAGGGGGAAAGGAAGCUGAAUCUUCAAUCCAGAUGGAAUUGGUCCAAGAGGAUUACUACAUGCACGCAGUGAAAGAUUUCUUGUGUAUCAACCCCUCGUUGCGCAAAUUAUCCAUCCUAGAGAACUUUUUGAGGCAGGACCAGGAACUAGUUUGUGAUGUUCUGAGAUCAUCCAAGUCAUUGUCCACGCUAGAAAUCAGUCAUCGUGCACUGACCGAGGAAGAGAUCUUGGAACAAAGCCUGAACGAAUACAUUGCUCUAGUUCCCGAAUGUCAGUGCCUACAAAAACUGAUAUUGACCAAAGUCAAGAAUCUUUCCCCAACAACGAUCCAAGUCAUCGCUGAUGUACUAGCCAAAGACUCGACACUCAAGGUUCUUGACUUGUCCAAUGGCUUUUCGGGAGAGGAACCGUUCGAUGUUUUGAAGAUAGCGCAAGCUCUGAAUGGAAAUAGCACUCUGGAAGAGCUAGAUCUUGGCAAGAGGGUAUUAGCCAACGAUGGGUGUAUCAGAGCGUUGGCGGAGACGAUAGAAACAAACACCUGCCUCAAACGACUUGAAUUGGGAUUCUUGUACUUUGGGAACGACCUGAUAUCUCCAGAUGCAUGGGUACCAAUGGGCAAUGCUCUCGCCAAUAAGUCCAAUACGGUGAUAGAGUAUUUGGAUAUUUCGAAUCACCAACUCAGUGAAUCCUCAUGGAAGGCCCUUGCGGAAGGUCUGAAAUCCAACACAAGUUUGUUGACGUUGGUAGCCACGAGACCAUACUCUGAGAAGAACAAAGAGAAUACAGAAACGGACAUGUUGCUACCAAUCUUUGAAAUGCUGCACGAGAAUACAACCUUACGCUCGCUUCAUCUUACGGGUUACAAUCUGAGCGAUAGUUUCCAUUCUUUGGAAAGUCUAGCAAUGGUAUUAUCAGAAGGCAACAGGUCGCUCAAGUCACUCAAAUUGAAUGGCUCUUACCUGACAGACCAAGGCGUGACAAUCUUGAGUCAAGGCCUACCCAAAUGGAAGGGCCUGGAACACCUAGACUUGAACCAUCACAACUUUUCGCUUCUGGGUGCUCAAGCCUUUGCCAAAGGAAUGCAGAGCAACUACAGUCUGAUAUCGGUGGGUGUCGGUCAAACCUUUCGUCACGGGUUUUCCACAGGCUGCGUGCCACCGCUUUCCGCAGAGGGCUUUGAGAAGGAAUAUCAUGAGAUCCAAUACUAUGCCAAACUAAAUCGCAAGGGUCGCCGUUGUUGGACCAAGGAUGCUCCACUGGAUCCUUCCGCGUGGUCCCUGGUGCUAGCACGAGCGACACGAAUGCAAGCCGAGGAUCAACCCUUGGGACGUCAUCACCUUUGCACUAAGGAUGUACGAGAAGAAGACAAGUUUGCUGGAAGCCAUGAUACGUCGAUUGAUGCUGUGUACUUUUUGCUGAGAAAUGUAAUGACCUUGCCUGUGGAUUUGUAG